AUGGCACUACCUCCUGUGGGGCCACAGGGCGGGUUUGAGGGGACCCUCCAGGGCCUGGAGCCUGGGACUGGAGACGAGGUCAAAAGGGAGCCUCCAAGGGCCUGCCUGUCUUGCUCGCCCCCCCAGGGCCGGCCUGUCUUGCUCACGUCUCCCUCCGCCUUCUCUGUCCCAGCUGAGCCCACAGUGACCAUGUAUCCUGCAAAGACCCAGCGCCUGCAGCACCACAACCUCCUGGUCUGCUCCGUGAGCGGCUUCUAUCCGGGCCACAUUGAGGUCCGCUGGCUGCGCAACGGCCAGGAAGAGGAGGCCGGGGUGGUGUCCACGGGCCUGAUCCGGAACGGGGACUGGACCUUCCAGACCCUGGUGAUGCUGGAGACAGUUCCCCGGAGCGGGGAGGUCUACACCUGUCAAGUGCGGCACCCCAGCAGGACCAGCCUUGUCACCGUGGAAUGGAGUGAGACGCCCUUUGCUUGUCCCUGA